GUUGGCGUCAAAUUAAGAUUUUGGCUAAACUCAAUUCGGUCACUCUCUCCUAGGCUCACUCUCACAAGGAGGCAGAGCUCUCAGCCUCUCAUUCUCUCACUCAGUCUGCCACCGCCACCACCACCGCCACCGCACGGUCGCUGCCACGUCGCCGGCUCCUCUGCAUCUCCGCCACUGCGUCAUCGCCUCCGUCCGUGGUUCGCCUUUGCGUCUUCGUCCAGCGUGGCUCGCCAUCGCUGCUGCCCCUCCCUCGCCAGUCUCUGCUUCGCCGUGCUUGGUCUCCCUCUUCUCUGCCCGCGUUCCGCCUUCACAUCAUCAGGAUUGAUUUUGUUGCUGGGCUAUAUUGUUGCUCUUCUUCUCUGCCUCGGCCUCGUGCCUCCUCUGUCUCUGCUUCUGGCCCUCUCCACCUUGUGCCUCCUCUGACUUUGGUUCUGUGAUGGGAACACUGACAAUUUUAUUGAAACACUCUUCUACUUACAAGUCUCUCACAAAAUGCACAAACAUCUUCCUCUUAUUUCCUCUCUCCAAGAAGCAACACUCUAUUUACAGUCUUCAUUUUCACCAAAGACCAUUGUGCCAUGGAUGCUCUCUUUCAAUGAAUGGCUGCAGAAAAGGACAUUCAAGAGAGCCUGUUGGGACAAUAAAGACACAAACGUUGGAACCGGUUGCAACAACUUCAAUGGCUUUGUACAGCCUGAAAAUGGCGAUUUCUAAGAUGAAAUCAGAGCCUCAAUUUCGGAGCUCUUCAGGCAUAGUGAGGCUGCAGGUCUCCAUUGAGGAGGAAGAGGUCGAGGCCAUUGAUUGGCUCCACUCACAGAACCACCUGCUCCUUCCUCGCUGCUUCUUCUCCGGCAGGGAACACAAUUCUUUUGAUUCUAAUGGCAGAAGCUUGGUUAGCAUUGCUGGUGUUGGCUCUGCCGUUUUCUUUUGCCAGCCACACCCCUUUUCCUAUUGGGAUUGGGUAUCCAUUAGGAGGUUUCUUUCCGAGAGCUGCCCAUUGAUUCGUGCAUACGGAGCCAUCCGAUUCGACGCAAAAGCUAAGUUGUCAGUAGAGUGGCUGCCUUUUGGUUCUUUCUACUUCAUGAUUCCUCAGGUUGAGUUUAAUGAGCUUGAAGGAGGAUCGAUGCUCACUACGACCAUGGCGUGGGACAAUACAAUUUCUUGGUCAUGGGAAGAUGCAAUCAAUGCUCUCCAAGACACCCUUAGCAAGGUUUCUGCUUCGAUUGUGAGGUUCCCGAAACAAGCUCCUCCAACAUUAAUAUUAAGUAGCCAUGAUAUUCCAAGUAAAAUAGAUUGGGAUAUUGCUGUUAACAGAGCUUUGGAGAUGAUAAAGAAAAACAACUCCUUACUAACCAAGGUUGUGCUAGCUCGUAGCACAAAAGUAGUGCCUACUACUAACAUUGAUCCGCUUACGUGGUUAGCUUGCUUAACGGUUGAGAGCGAAAAUGCAUACCAGUUUCUCCUUCAGCCGCCAAAUGCACCUGCAUUUAUCGGAAAUACACCAGAGCAACUAUUUCACAGAAAAUGGCUCCACAUUACUAGUGAGGCUUUGGCUGGAACUCGAGCUAGAGGAGUGUCGAUCGCAUUGGAUCGUCAAAUAGAACUCGACUUGCUUACAAGUCCAAAGGAUGAUAUUGAGUUCACCAUAGUGAGAGAUACCAUAAGAAGAAAAUUAGAGGGAGUAUGUGAAAAAGUUGUAAUCAAGCCAAAGAAAAUGAUAAGAAAGCUCCCUAGGAUCCAACAUUUAUUUGCUCAAUUAGCCAGCAGGUUAAGAAGUGAAGAAGACGAGUUUGAAAUUUUGUCAUCUCUUCACCCAAGUCCAGCGGUUUGUGGGUUUCCAACAGAAGAGGCACAACUUUUAAUUGCAAAAACAGAAGUAUUUGAUAGAGGGAUGUAUGGCGGACCUGUGGGUUGGUUCGGCGGUGGAGAGAGCGAGUUUGCUGUUGGAAUCAGGUCAGCAUUGGUGGAAAAGGAUCAUGGUGCAUUGAUAUAUGCUGGAACAGGGAUAGUGGAAGGAAGCAAUCCUUACUUGGAGUGGGAUGAACUAGAACUCAAGACAUCUCAGUUCACCAAGUUGCUCAAACUUGACUUGCCUCUCAGACAAAAAGUAGACUGUAAAUGAGCUCCAUCAACUGAUUCGGUUAGUGUCUUCAAUAUCUAUUUAUGCUGGUGGAGGCUUUGGACAAUACGAUAUAGAAUUUAUGUAUGUUACUUUAAAGACUCAAUUACUACUCUUAGAGUUGAUUCAACUACUUAUUUAGUAUUCAUGGGUUGAAAAGCCACGACAGCAAUUCUUUCUCCCGAAUACUUGUAGCCUUUUGAGCAAAGAAAUGUAAAAUGUGAAGCUUUUGGGUUAACUUUUAGUAUUUUUGGUUAUUAUUUGGCCAAUACAAAUAUUAAAUUGUUUUUAAUAAAUAAAUUUUAUUAAUUUAUGUGUGCAAACUCUGAAAGAUGUAGGUGUAAAUUGUAUUAAUUCAUGUGUAAAACU